CGCGCGUGUACGAGAUAGCGGACGAGGCUGCAACCCCGAGGGGAAAGAAACACGCACACACACGGGCGCGCGCGUAUCUACAACUGGAUCUUUGUGCAUUGCUCUUUUUCGGGAGCUCAGCCGGAAGGGAAAGAUGCAUCUGUUCAGCCACUGAUCGUCUGUGCCCGUUGCCGGGUCGGCCCAUGAGGGCUCCCACCUCCGCACACCACUUUUUAGAAGAAAUUGUCGUUAGCAGAAAAAGGGUUUUUGUGCCCAUCGCUCCUUCUUACGCAGCGUCGGGUAGAGGGUGAGGAGACGACGCGGCCAAGGGCCCCCAGGGGAAACGGCCGUGCCCGGAGGGACACCAGCGACGCCUCUCCCCGCCGCAUCAUCCAUCGCCAGGUAAAAAAAAGAAGCAAACCACCAAAGCAAAACGGAGCUGCUCCCUUCUCUCUCCCGGCCGAGCCCUGCAGGCCAUCAGCUGGACAUUUUACAUUGGGCAACAUUGGAAUAAAAUUAUAAUAAGAUUUUGGCGCUUCCAGGUUGCUGUACCAGGGUUCCCAGUGCCUGUAUGAGGAAGAAUGUCAUCCGAUCUAGGAUUAAGAGCCCUCUACUUACUUUUUGGGGCUUUAACAGGGUGUUUCUGUGAACAGUGCAGGGAAGGUGCCAAGUACUCUGAUGCAAUAAUAUCUCCCAAUUUAGAAGUGAAUAAAAUUAUGCGGGUCCCCCAUGCUGUGUUGAUGUCAGACUGCUCAGCGGCCUGCUGCGACCUUUCUGACUGUGACGUGGCCUGGAUGUUUGAACGGCAUUGCUACCUUGUCAGCUGCCCACAUAAAGGGAAUUGUGAGCCCAAGAAAAUGGACAAGGCGAGGUCCUAUUUGACGUUUGUGCUAAGGUCUCCCCAGAGGCUGACUGCUUUGCUGGGAUACGGGCCUCCCAAUAUGAUCCACUCGAUGUCUCUACAAGAUGAUCCCUCGGAGGAAAUUAGUAGUCUGAAGGAACUGUCCUUCCUUGGCAAAGAGCAGAGUUUUGAGGAAGCACAAGAUUACCCAGAUGAAUAUGGACAGAUGGAGCAGAACCCAUUCCAACUGAGUGUCAGGCGUGAGGAGAAGGAAAAUGACAACUUUGCUAACUGGGGCUUGAUGGGGACUGCUGAAAACGGAAUCAAUACGUCAGGGCUCACACAUGGAGACAACCACAAAGAACUGACAGAAAAUGAGAAUGGGAAUCUUCAUUUGGAAAACCCAACAAAUCUAAAUGUAUCUGAGGGGAAACCUGUCACUGAACAUCCUGGAGAUUUCCCAGAAAUUUCUUUGGGUCUGGUGGAUAAAUCAGCAGAUGAACUGGGUUUUCAACCACCUAGUGAAACAAACAGACCCUGGCCAGAAGAGGUUCUAACACCUUCCCAUAAUCCUCCUCCUUCAGACAUCCUGGGAUUUCUCUCCUCUACCACAGCUCAGACAUCAAACUUGGGUAACCUCAAGAAAGGUGAAACUACAUCACUUCCCAGCAGGAAUCUUGCCACUCAGCUCUCUGCCACAGAUCAAGUACCACUUCCCACUGCUGCCACCAAAGCGGUAAAAGAACUCCUGGUGUCAGCUGGAGAUAAUCGUCAAAUCACUUUGCCAAAAAAUGACAUUGAAUUGCAUGCAUCUGUCAUUACACCAUCACUUUCAGAAACAUCAUAUAGUUAUGAAUGGAACUUAAUUGGCCACCCAGAUUACUAUGAUGGUGAAAUGGAAGGCAGAAACACACCAAGCCUUAAAGUUUCUCAGCUGGCUGUAGGUACCUACCUUUUUAAAGUGACUGUUUCUGCGGAAGAUGCAUUUGGAGAAGGAUUUGUGAAUGUCACUGUUAAACCAGCAGUUAGAAAAAACCAGUCACCCGUUGCCAUUGUGUCUCCAAAAGCUCAGGAGAUUUCCUUCCCGACAGCUUCUGCUUUCAUUGAUGGGAGCCAAAGCACCGAUGAUACAAAAAUAGUGCGUUACCACUGGGAGGAAAUUGAAGGCCCCCUAAGAGAGAAGGCAUCUGCUGAUACACCGGCUUUACACUUGCCAAACCUCAUUCCUGGCAAUUAUACUUUCAGGUUAACAGUAAUGGAUUCUGAUGGAGCACUUAAUUCUACUCUGGCUUCCUUGACAGUCAACAAACAAGUGGAUUUUCCCCCAGUUGCCAAUGCAGGGCCAAAUCAGGAAGUCACUUUGCCCCAAAACACCAUCACAUUGAAUGGAAACCAGAGCAAAGAUGAUCAUGAGAUUAUCAGCUAUGAAUGGUCUCUGAGUCCCAAAAGUAAAGACAAGAUGGUAGUGAUGGAGGGAGUAAAGAGUCCAUACCUCAAAUUAGCUUCAUUGCAAGAAGGAAAUUACACAUUCCAGCUAACUGUUACUGAUUCUGUUGAGCAGCAGUCCACUGCUGAGGUCACAGUGAUUAUCCAGCCUGAAAAGAACAGACCCCCGACAGCUGUGGCUGGUCCAGAUAAAGAGCUGACAUUUCCUGUCCAGAAAGCAUUUCUUGAUGGAAGCAUGAGCACAGAUGAUGUUGGCAUUGUUUACUAUCACUGGGAGAAUAUCAGUGGGCCAGGUUCUUUGCAAAUGGAGAAUGUUGACAGUGCAGUAGCCACAGUAUCAGGUCUAGAGGUUGGAACCUAUUACUUCAGAUUGACCGUGAAAGAUGGCCAAGGACUAAGCAGCACUGCCACACUUUCUGUGACUGUGAAGGAAGAAAAGAAUCAUCCACCCCAGGCUCAUGCUGGGGGCAAACACAUCCUUGUUCUUCCUAAUAACUCGAUUACUUUGGAUGGCUCACAGUCUACUGAUGACCAAGGAAUUGUGUCUUAUCUCUGGAUUCGGGAUGGCCAGAGCCCGGCAGCUGGAGAUGUGAUACAUGGUUCAGAUCACAAUGCUGUACUUCAGCUAACCAAUCUUGUAGAAGGAAGCUACGCUUUUCGUCUGAAAGUCAUGGAUAACAAAGGAGAGUCAGAUGUCGACACAGCUGUUGUGGAAGUGCAGCCUGACCCUAAGAAAAACAGUCUUGUGGAACUGAUUUUGCAAGUCAGAGUUGGCCAACUGACUGAGCAACAGAAAGACACUCUUGUACGACAGCUAGCAGUGCUCCUGAAUGUCUUGGAUUCAGAUAUCAAAGUUCAGAAGAUACAGUCUCAUUCUGAUAUCAGCACAGCUGUCGUGUUCUAUGUUCAGAAUGGGUAUUCUUCCAAAGUGUUAAAGGCUUCAGAUGUUGCCCAGAUGUUACACUUGCAACUCUUGAAAGAAAACAUAGACUUCUUGCCUUUUAAAGUGCUUCGUGUUGACACGGCUGCUUGCCUCUUAAAAUGCUCUGGACAUGGACACUGUGACCCCAUCACAAAGCAAUGUAUUUGCUAUGAACUGUGGAUGGAAAAUUUGAUUCAGUGGUACCUGGGCAACAGAGAGAGCAAUUGUGAAUGGAGCAUACUUUACGUAACAGCUUUUGUUUUUGUAUUGAUUGUGCUGUUGGUGGGUUUAGCCUGGACCUGCAUUCACUGUUGCAAAAGCAGAAAGAGGACCAAAAUAAGAAAGAAAACAAAAUACACAAUUUUGGAUAACAUAGAUGAUCAGGAGAGAAUGGAGCUCAGACCCAAAUAUGGCAUAAAACACAGAAGUACGGAACACAAUUCCAGCCUGAUGGUGUCUGAGUCUGAGUUUGAUAGUGAUCAGGACACCAUCUUCAGCAGAGAGAAAAGAGAAAGAGAGAAGCCAAGGAACAGCACAAAUGGUUCCAUUAAAAAUGGUGUCUCCUUCAGCUAUGGCUCAAAAGACAGAUAAACAGAUAGGCUGCAUUGAAAGGACAUAUGGAUCUGACACACUGAUGAAUAGAAAGUCCAGUCCUUCCUCUGAUAAUAUGUUAAAACCAUACCAAUUGCAGAUGGAAUGACACCAAUGCAAGGAAGGAAAUGGACACAACUAAUUGUUCUGUCAAGAAACAACAUAGGAAAGAUGGAAUGGUUUUUAAGCCUAAAUAACUGGAGAAGGUAUCCAUAUAGUAUCUCAUGGACAUUUGGACAUUAUGACUCCGGUCCAAGUCAAGACUGUUACAGUACGAGAUUUGCAUAUUAAAGCUUCCUUAUAUUGUUUUCCAUAGAAACUAGUGGCUAUGCAUUUAUAUGAAAUUAUUUUUGUCAGUAUGCCAAGUUACAUUAGUUAUUAAAUCAGUGUAUGGUUACAACCUUGA